CCGUCACGUGACCCGGCAGAGGGGAUGCCGCUCCGAGGCCCCCGUGGGGUCCGCGCUCACUCGGCGCUGGGACCGCCGGGACAGAGGCCCCCUGCGCGGCGCCCCCUUUCCAGCUGUCAACCCGCGCGGCUCACGACCCCCGUGUUCUUGUGCGGAGUUCUUCAGCUCCAGACGGCGCGCAGCCGUCUCAAUGCGGGCACAACAACAAAGUGUCUAUUUGUGUCUCCCUUGUGAUGGGGGUGACCAGUAAGGUCUCAACUGGUCUGUAAUAGGGGAGAGGUCUCUGAUAGGGGGUUGACGGGAGAGAUAGAGAGACUGGUCCCCUGGAUACCGAUCCCUCCUGCCGGGUCCGCGCGGAAUGUCCGGGACCCCGCCACUGCGCCCUGGAGUUGUGGCUCAGCUGCAGGGCACGGGCCGCCGCUCGCUGCAGGAGCGGCUCCUCCGCGCCCUCACGGGGCGACCCUCAUUCCCGCCGGACAGCGUGGCGGGCCUGCUGCGGCAGCAGGGCGCGGACGUGAAUGUGGGCCUCGGGACGCAGCUGCCCCUGCACUGCGCCUGCAUGGUGGGCAACACGGAGGGCCUCCGCCUCCUGCUGCAGAGCGGCGCGAUGGUGACCCCGCGAGACCCGCACCCACUACACCACAACACACAGUCACACACUCUCUACACCACACAUUAUCACUAUCACUACACCACACACUAUCACUAUCACCACACACUACAUCACACACUACACCACACACUAUCACUAUCACCACACACUACAUCACACACUAUCACUAUCACCACACACUACACCACACACUAUCACUAUCACCACACACUACACCACACACUAUCACUAUCACCACACACUACAUCACACACUAUCACUAUCACCACACACUACCUACACCACACAAUCACUCACUACCCCACACCAUCACUACAAACUGUCACACACUCUCUACACCACAUCAUCACUCACUACACUAUCACUACACGCUACCUCUACCUCACACUACCUCACACUGCCUCAACCUCACAUUACACACUGUCACUCACUAUAUACACCACACACUACCUCACACUCUCACUACACACUGCCUCACACUGUCACUACACACUCACUACACACUGUCACACACUGUCACACACUAUCUACACCACAUCAUCACUCACUCUCACUACACACUACCCCACACUGUCACUCACUCUCUACCCCACACCAUCACUACACACUGCCUCACACUGUCACUCACUCUCACUACACACUGUCUCACACUGUUACUCACACUCACUACACACUGCCUCACACUGUCACUCACUCUCACUACACACAGCGGUGCCAGGCGCGGAACGUCCUACACCACCGUCCCACACAUCACCGAGUGCGGUGCAAGUGCCGUCAACGUUCCAUUCCCGCACCGCAGGUGGACGCGGUGGACGGCUACAAGCGGCGAGCGCUGCACUACGCGGCGGAGCGCUCCUUCUCCGACUGCGUCGCGCUGCUGCUGGCGGCGGGCGCCGGGGCCUCGCCGCCCGACGGCAACGGCGACACGCCGCUGCACUGGGCAGCGUUCCGUGGCCGGGCGGGGAGCGCGCGGGCGCUGCUGCGCGGGGGCGCGUGCUGCCGGGUGGCCGACGCGCACGGCGAGACGCCGCUGCACUGGGCGGCCAAGCGCGGCCGGAGGGCGAUCGCGGCCGCGCUGCUGCGGCAUGGGGCCGACCCACGUGCGCGGAACCGCCUCGGCGAGACGCCCGUCGCACAGCUGCUGGCCCUGAUGGCGCACCGCUACCGGAACGAUGACGACGACGGUGACGACGGUGACGACGAUGACGACGACGACGACAGCGGGGAGGACGAGGGAGACGAGAGGAACGAUCAGGAGGGGUGUUUGCGGCUGCUGCUUGCGGCGGCUGGUGGCUGGGUGGACCUGCCCA